AUGCGAAUCGGAGUUCUCAAAGGAAACGGAAUCGGCCCCGAGAUCACAGCGGCCACUAUCCGCGUUAUUGAAGCAACAGGCAUCCAGCCAGAAUGGGACUUCAUCCCUAUUGCAGAUGAGGCGGUUAAACUAUAUGGGCACCCUUUGCCACCUCAAGUUAUCCAACGCUUAAAGGAAGUGAAGUUUUGUAUCAAAGCCCCACUGCUAGCAGAAAAGCUUCACGGCCGUAUCAGCUGUAAGCAGAUAGACGGAUCUGUGGCGACAUACCCCUCGAUCAAUAAUGCCAUCCGGCGGGAGCUGAACUUAUUCGUGAACCCACGGCCCAUUAGAGGCUAUGUUGGCAUCUCUGGACGUCAUGAGAAGAUGGACCUCGUCAUCAUGCGCGAGAUCACCGAAGAUACCUAUAUCGGGUGGGAACAAAGACUCGAGGAUGGCGCAGCAGCCGAGGCAAUCAAGCGGAUAACCCGUAGUGCAUCGUGGAAGGUGUCUCAAUAUGCCUUUGAAUAUGCACGGAAGCACGGUCGAAAGAAGGUCUCAUGUUUGCACAAGGCAAAUGUCCUCCAUGAAACAGACGGACCUUUCCUCCGGACUUUUCAGGAGGUUGCUCGGCUUUAUCCUGAUGUACCGUCUAAUGACAUGAUGAUUGAUGCCGCUUGUUAUUCUGUUGUUCGUGAUCCCGGUCGCUUUGAUGUUGUGGUCACGGUAAAUCAAUAUGGUGAUAUUUUCUCGGACCUGGCUGCUGGACUGGCAGGUUCACUCGGUCUGGCUCCCGGUGCGAAUAUAGGCGAUAGUGCUUCGACUUUUGAAGCUGCACAUGGGGCUGCACCGGAUAUUGCGGGAACAGGAGUGGCUAAUCCUAUUGCGUUGAUUCUAUCAGGGGCGGAGCUACUGUUUCAUGCUGGGUAUGCGAGGGAAGCUGAGGCGAUACAACAGGCGGUUACUCGAGUGAUUGAAACGGGAAAGACUUUAACUUCAGACCUAGGGGGCUUUUCUACGACAGAGCAGGUGGCGGAUGCUAUUUCAGUAGAGGUCAGAGCAAUCCUUGGGCGUUCAUAG